GGCGGGUCUUCGCGGAAUGCGGGUGGGGAAAAAAAACUGAGGCGCUUCGACGUGAAACAAGCAGGGGAGAAGAAGUCUGUACCCCAAGCUGUUGCUGGUGGACUGGACCGUACAAGUAACGACAGGACUUAUUUUUACAGACUUUAAAUCAACAAAACAUAUUAAAGAACAAAUAUGGCGCUCACCGAUGCUGAUGUACAGAAACAGAUCAAGCACAUGAUGGCCUUCAUUGAGCAAGAGGCCAAUGAGAAAGUUGAGGAAAUUGAUGCGAAGGCAGAGGAAGAGUUCAACAUUGAGAAAGGUCGUCUAGUGCAGACUCAGAGGGUGAAAAUCAUGGAAUACUACGAGAAGAAGGAAAAGCAGAUUGAACAGCAUAAGAAAAUACAGAUGUCCAACCUGAUGAACCAAGCGAGGCUGAAGGUGUUGAAAGCCCGUGACGACAUGAUCACGGAUUUGUUGAAUGAGGCCCGUCAAAGACUUGCAGAGAUUGCCCUGGACCCUGCUAGGUACUCAACACUGUUGGAGGGCCUGUUGCUUCAGGGCUUCUACCGACUCCUGGAACCAAAAGUUACCAUCCGCUGUCGGCAACAGGAUGUAGAAAUGGUCCAGGCUGCGGUUAAUAAGAACAUCCCUAUUUACAAAGAGGCAGUGAAAAGCAACAUACUCGUCAAAAUCGACACGGAGCGUUUCCUUCCAUCAGACAUCUGCGGAGGAGUUGAGAUGUAUAAUGAUAACGGGAAGAUCAAAGUUUCCAACACUCUGGAGAGCAGGCUAGAGCUUAUGGGACAACAGAUGAUGCCUGAAAUCAGAGUGGCCUUGUUUGGUGUCAACCCCAACCGCAAGUUCACGGAUUAACGAUGGAUUUGAAGAGAGCAGUGCGGACACAGGGGGGAUAUAUAAGGUGACCACAGACUGUUUGAUGGCUACAGUAAGCAAGAGUCUGUACAAUCACCCGCCAGUCAUCAGGGUCAAAGAAAACCCUGACUCACUUAAUGGGAUGCUACGGAUAUGCUGAUUUACAGUAUUUGGAUUUGUGUACUAAUGGACUGAGAAUUAAUCCAACAACAAGUGCACUUUUACAUAUGUUCAAGUGCCACCUUCUUUACCUUUCCAGGGGUUACCCAAGGACUGCUUUAAACUGCAAUGCAAAUGCAACAUUUGCCAAAUAUAUAGCUUUUUAUUUUGUAAGAGAAAUUAACAGUUUUUAUGUGUGUGUGGGUGUGUAGACAGAAAGGUUGUUCAGGAACAAAAACCAAAGUAAUAAAUGUGUGUGACACAGAGAAAUCAG